UUCUAACAAGUAUUUUACAUACAAAGUGUGUUUUUUUUUUUUGUCUUAAAAAUGAUUUACAAACUGAGUAAUUACAUUCUCACCCCUUCUUGAGAGGGCACAUAGACAAUGUGCGCUGAAUAAGUCGAAGAACCAGUACAGCGCAAGAUAGCUCCUUCCCAUAGAUAAAGCUUAUCCUCUUCCCCCUUCAUGCGCUCUAACUCAUAAAUUUCUUCCCCGCCAUUUUUCCACUCUUCCCUCCUCCAAAUUUUUGACCGUUAGUUUCACAAUUUUCUGUUUUGCAGCUUCAAAUCAAUUGUAAAGUUGUCUGAAUGAUUGCUGCAAAAAAUGACAGUUAAUGGAAGUCAGAAUAUGGAAUCCUCUGAGAAUGAAACAGAUCUGUCACAGGACAACAUUGAGUCUGCAGAGGGAAUAUCAGAGGAUGCUAUAUUGUCACGACAAACAUCAGUCAACCUAGUUCCAUUUAUCGGCCAGAGAUUUGUUUCUCAAGAUGCUGCCUAUGAAUUUUAUUGCAGCUUUGCCAAGCAAUGUGGCUUUUCCAUCAGGCGCCACCGCACUCGGGGAAAAGAUGGGGUGGGACGGGGAGUCACACGAAGGGACUUUACCUGCCAUCGUGGUGGACAUCCACAGGCGAAACCUAGUGAGGAAGGGAAGUUGCAAAGGAAUAGAAAAUCAUCACGGUGCGGCUGUCAAGCAUACAUGAGAAUAGUGAAACGGUCAGAUUUGGAUGUCCCUGAAUGGCGUGUCACUGGAUUUAGUAACAAUCACAAUCACGAACUUCUUAAAUCAGUUGAAGCACAAAUCCCUCCAUCGCACUGCACCAUUUCUGCUGAUGACAAAAGUCGGAUUUGCAUGUUUGCAAAAGCUGGAAUGUCAGCCCGCCAGAUGUUGAGAUUGAUGGAGCUUGAGAAAGGCGUUAAAUUAGGUUGCUUACCAUUCACUGAAUUACAUAUCAGAGACCUGCUACAGUCUUUCAGACAUGUUGAUAAAGAUAACGAUGCUAUUGACCUCAUCAGCAUGUGUAAGAGAUUAAAAGAUGAAAAUUCUUAUUUCAAGUAUGAUUUUAAAUUAGAUGGUCAUAAUAGAUUAGAGCAUAUUGCUUGGUCAUACCCUUCAUCCAUCCAAAAGUAUGAAGCCUUUGGGGAUGCAAUAUUGCUGGACACUAAUCAUCGUCUGGAUGCUUAUGAUAUGCUUCUAGGCCUUUUGAUUGGGGUUGAUAAUCAUGGAAAGGCUUGUCUUUACAGUUGUGUUCUUUUGCGGGAUGAAAACCUGGAGUCCUUUACUUGGGCAUUGAAGACAUUUUUAUGUUUUAUGAAAGGAAAAGCACCACAAACCAUUUUGACUGAUCAAAAUAUGUGGCUCAAAGAAGCGAUCACUUGUGAAAUGCCUGAAACCAAACAUGCAUUCUCUAUAUGGCAUAUCAUUGCCAACUUGUCAGACUGGUUUUCUUUGCCACUUGGGUCUCAUUAUGAUGGUUGGAAGACCGAAUUUUAUCGUCUUUAUAGCUUGGAAAUGGUUGAUGAGUUUGAAGCUGAAUGGAAGGAGAUGGUUGAUAGAUAUGAACUACAGUCAAAUAAACACAUCAUCUGCCUUUAUGCAUUACGGGACUUUUGGGCUCUAUCUUUCUUGAGACGCUACUUCUUUGCUGGACUCAUGAGUAGAUCUGUGACAGACUCCAUUAAUGCUCUCAUUCAAAGGAUAUUAAGUGUACAAUCUACACUUGAUUGUUUUAUUGAUAAAGUAGCCGAUAUUGCAGAGUAUGAUGACCAUGGUGGAUCAAAGCUGAAAAUGCAGCAAAAUGAGAAAGUUUCUUUAAAAACAGGUUCCCCAAUGGAGUCGCAUGCUGCUACUGUUUUUACGCCUUUUGCCUUUUCUCUCCUCCAAGAAGAGCUCGUUUCAGCCCCUCAAUAUGCCUCCAUUAUGGUUGGCGAAGGUUGCUUCCAGAUCAGACACCACACAGAGAUGGACGGAGGAUGCAAAGUGAUGUGGGACCCUAGUCAAGAACUCAUUCAUUGUAGUUGUCAUCAGUUUGAGUUUUUAGGCAUCCUUUGUCGUCAUAUUCUUCGUGUUCUCUCAACAAAUAACUGUUUUCGCAUCCCAGACCCUUAUCUGCCUUUGAGGUGGCGCCUUGUAUCGAAUGAGCACGUUGAAAAAGAGCAAACAGAGAAGGUCAAAUUUCUGGAAGCCAUAGCUUCCACAAUUGUUUCAGAAUCAGUGGUAACUGAAGAACGCCUGACUUUUGCAUGUGAGCAUAUGUCAAUGGUACUGGCUCACAUCAAACAACUCCCUAAGCUGAACAAUCAUAAUGAAGCAAAUGAAAUGGGUAUCAAUAGCUCAACAGGUUCACUGAUUAUACCAGGAGUCGAAGCUUCUGAUAGUAUUGCUCAGAGUUUUGCCCUUGGAAAUCCUCACGAAUCUUUCUUGGUCAAGUUGAAAGAAACAAAUCCAAAUCCUGGGCUUGAUAAUAAUAUGUCUGGAAAAAGAAGGCGUGCUAUUCCUUGUGAACAAUAUGCUCAUGCUGCAUGUGAUAGUGCAAUUAUUGAAGGUAAUAGCGUGCAUGCUGAUGGAGAUGCAUUCUGCGGCUUCUUGUAAAUUAGGAUCCUAGGGGUAAGUUGAAUUCUGCCUAUUUAAUCAAACAAAUGUAUAUAGAUACUAUCACCAUUUGUGGUCAAUUAUAGAGCUUACUGAAUUCCCAUA